AUGGCUACCGUCGUGAUCAUACCUGGCUCUUUCGCCAAGCCCACACUUUACGAACGUCUCGUGCAAAGUCUCGCCCGCGAUGGCAUACAAUCCGAGAUCGUCGACUUACCCUCUGUCGGUCGAAAGGAGGGUAAAGCCCCUGCUACCUUAAGCGAUGACGUUGAUGAAAUCGCUUCUGUCGUGGAGAAAAUACUAGACGAGGACAAAGAAGUCAUCUUGCUGGCCCAUUCAUACGGUGGCGUACCGGCUACUCAAAGCUUGGAAACACUUUCACAAAAAGCGCGACAAUCCCAGGGGAAAAAGAGCGGCGUCACCAAGAUCGUUUACCUUGCUGCGGUGGCGCUACCCGUCGGCGGAUCCGUCCUGGCAUUGCUAACAGCCCAAGACUAUCUCAUAAUCGAGGCAAAAUCACCACCCGAAGAAGCGCUCAAGCUGGCAAGAGAACUACCACAGCACUCGACGGCUUCAUACAGAGAUCAACUUACGUAUGCUGGCUACCAAGAUGCCGAGGUGCAUUACAUCAUCUGUGAACAAGACAAACUUGUUGUCCCAGAGUAUCAAUUUGGUAUGCUUGAGAUACUCAAAGGCAUGACGAAUGGCAACGUUGGGGUUCAUAAGAUCCAGAGCGGACAUGCACCUCAUAUCAACCACCCUGACAAUCUCACCAAAAUAAUCAGGCAGAUCGUAGACUAG